AUGGGACAAAGUGGAGUAGAUCGCCAUGGCAAGUUCUGUGAUCGUGUCGAGGCCAAUGUACUGCCGCCAAAAUCCGAGGUUGCAAACAAGGGUUCCCAAGCUGUCAUGCGAGUCAUUAGGAUAAUCCUCAAGACAGUAUUGGUAGAUACGGUCUCGCAGCUCACGGGGAAGCUUCGUUU